AAUAUGACAACUUGUGCAGUAAUUUUGAACGAGAGCGUUCAAUCGCGUCUAUAAUAUUAAAUAUAAAUAUAUCUACGUGACACCACAACCAGCCACAAAAUGAAAGCCACAGUUGCUAUUCUUUUAACUAUUCUCUCGGUGGCUGCUGCUUCUCCACUGUUCUUUGGUCACUCCAAAAACGAACACCACGUUAUCCAUGUGCCAUACCAUGUACACAAGGUUCCAGUUUACAUCAAAGAACCCGUAUACAUUGAGAAGCCAGUCUACAUAUACAAGACCGUCGAUCAUCAUCACGAUGACCACCAUGAUGACCAUUACAGCCACGAUGACCACUAUAGCCUUGAUGACCACUAUAGUCAUGAUGAUCAUUAUGACAGCCAUUAUUGAUAAGACUGAUAAUGAUGACUUUAAAAAGUUACAGAUGUUUGUAAAUUCAAGACCAAUUUAUUUUUGUAAUAUUAUUAUGAUAAGUCAUGAACCGUUAGCUAUUAAAGCUCCUUUUUACCGUGUAAAAUAAUACCUAUUGGUAUAAUUUUUUUCAAACUUCCUUGUUGUUUUGUAAAGUUUGUUCAGCGAAAAUUUUCAAUUGUUGUUUUUUCUCCUCUUCGUGAA